AGCACACCCGAGUUGAAGCUUCUGGUGCAAUUGACACCAAAUGUGUCCCAGUGGAAAAGGUUACGCACCAAUACAUCAGGAGCAGAGCUGAUUCAUCUUCCACCGGCAUACGCAGGCGGAGUUAAAGCCACUUAUCGACCGAAGUCGCUCUACAACACCUUAUGUGGAAGCGUCUUCAAAUCAUUGCUGCAGCCAGUGUCGCUAGUCUGAAACGAAUACUGACAGAUUCCUUGUCAAAUUUAACCUCGGAGCCCUCUGCUCUCCUGGCGCUGGAGAUCUUUCACGGAUCACGCCGAACUGCGUCAUCCCAGACAAAGAUACUUACUCGGAAAUUUCUGCUCACUUCCUCACGUUGCCCUCCCUGCGCCAUCUCGGAUACAAGGCCAAAGCCGGUACCAAUUGAUGUGCCUAGCAGCUUGUCAGAUAUCGUUCUGGUCCAUCUAUGCCUGCCGUCUCGUUGGGAUGAGAUAGCUUGAAUUGCUUAUAGAAAGCCCACUAUCCUGUAUCGCUGGCUCUUGUAAGACUGUGCGUGUGGCGCGGGAGCGACGAUACCUCACCGUCCUUAUCUGCUUGGCAAAUGAGAAACAUUGACAAAUGACGAU